AUCAACCAAUUGAUACGAGAUAAUACAAAAGAAGUAAUAGCGAUUGCAAAAUACGUGACUUUUAUUCGAUACUUGUGUUGGAUUACACAUAAUCAAUUAAAUUUUGUGGGCGUUUGGAUUAUUGCUGCAGAUCGAGCUCAACACCUUUCUUUAUUGCUGCAAAAGCCAUCAGUGUGAAUCGGAGUUGGGUUGGAGUAUCAUUUGAGUUGUUAUUAGCAUAGAAAGCUGAAUAGUUGUCGAAUUGAGCCUGAUAAGUGCAUCAGCUAACGUCUACCCAAAUGACCAAUCGCAAGCGGGGAUUUUCACGUUAAAAUUCGAUCAUUUCGAAGAGUUAUUCGACUGGUUGUCGCUGAAAGACUUGGUGGCGCUUAGCCAAACGUGCAAACGGAUUCAACACAUUGUCGGUUACUACAUUAGGGCGACUUAUGCUGAAAUUAAUUUCUAUCGUAAUUUUACCAGCAUUCGUGUGGCAAAUCGUAACAUAAAAUUGGAUGAAUUGAGUUCUUACUUGAAAAAACUUACAUACGAUCAAUGUAUAAUUGAACGUGCUCAUCAUAUGAAAGCAGAUCAAUUCAAAUCGCUCACGGAAAUCCGUCUAACAAAUGUUACUUUUAGCGAUGUCGGAAUAUCACGCAUAAAGGAGAUUUUGGGUCAAGUGGAAACGGUGAAAUUGGUUAAUCCUCGUUUCACCUCUCCGAACCAAGAAUUUUACGUCAGCUUCCCUCAAUACUGCACAAAUGUUAAGAAGCUAUGUAUUCAAUCAAUGAAAAUACCAAUUGUUGGCCGUGACAAUGGAUGGCUUUUGCGACAAUACCCAACACUCGAACAUUUUGAGCUGAAAAAUUACGAAUACGGAAACCGAACGGUCGACGAAUUGGCGGAAUUUUUCGAACAGAACACCAACAUCAAAACAUUUGCAACGAAUACGGAUUUUAUUCUAGCGCACAUAAACAUCUUAGAAGAUACUAAAGCAAAAUGGGAUGUAUUGAGUAUUCGAUCCGGAUGUAUUAAGUUCGAGCGUUUGCGAGACAUUUUAAAUGAGCUACAUGAACGCGGUCUGUUCAAAGAGUUGCACAUUUAUUUCAAUGGAACUUCCAUUUUCAACCAAGCAAUGGUCCAUGAACUGAUUUCAUUCAACGGUCUAACAAAAUUGUUCGUUGGCUCCAUGCAAGACGGAACCGAUCUAUCUCCAUUGAUUGGCCUGAAGCAGAUCUGCAUUAGCAUGGCUAGUGAGAUUACAAAUAAGAGGGCACUGGCUGAGGCACUCGUUAAUCUGGAAUUUAUUCAAUUCGCUAUAGCAAGCGUCGAUGACAUUCAACCAUUCGUCCGUUUUUCGCCCAAAUUGACAAAAAUCGAUGUGUUUCAUGUGAAGAAAAACGAUGAACAUAUUUUCAACGUUGAACAACUGAACAAAGCACGUCCGAAAUUGAUCAACGCAAGAAAAGUCACCAUUUAUGUUGACGAACAGAUUUAUCUGGCGGUGAAAUGGGCCAAAAAUCGAACUAAUCGGGGCUUGAUUGAGAUUAAACGAGGUGUCCGAUGUGAUGCAUUGAAUCAUAAUAUCAAACAUAGAGGUAAACUUAGUAAUAAUGGAUUAAAUUUUCUAAUAUAGAAGAAACAUGGACACAGUAGUAAAGCGAUGUUGAAAAGAAGCGAAAUCUAAUUUUUAGCAUUAAAUUAUAUUAUUUUAAAUACAUACAGUGCCGUGCAAAAGUUUGAG